AAGGAAGGUGAACUGAAGAUUACAUGAAAGUUAUUGUCAGUUAUGUGAGAGGAAACACAGCAUCAAGUGCAGAGGAGAAGAUGACUGCAGCCGCUCUUCUCCUGAUCAGUGGUGUUGGAGUUCUCUGCUCAGCUCUUGUUGCAGCACAGACUGCAGCACCAUGUGUGUCCAGUCAUGAGGCGGUGUGUUUUGCACCAGCAAAUCAUUUGAAUGCAUCUCAUCCUGUCAGCCUCGAAGUGUGUGCUGGCAAGAGACUGAACAUAUCACUAUCAGGCUUCACUGAAAACAAUGUCUGUGGCUGGAUCCGAGAAAAUGUGACCCUGGUGACUGUUAAAAGGCCAAACUCCAUUGUCCUGCCACCACUUGCCGAGGCAGACUCUGGAGAGUACACGAUCAGUUGUGAAACCACGAAUGGAAACACGUACUCAGUUACUGUCUCCCUUCAUGUUAUGGGACGUCCCACAAAGCCGCAGCUGCUGCUGGAUCAGGUCAACAUAAACAGAAGAUCCCCGUAUUUUAAAUGCGUUUCAGAGGGCUGCUCCAGGCCUACACUUGAGUGGUUGGGAAAACAGGCUGCAACAGAUGUCCCUACAAACCACAGCCGAAGAGCAGAGAGCACAAUAAGUACAACCAAAUAUUACGACACUGAGGUCAUGUGCUGUGCUACUACUGAAAAUCAAGAAUGCACUCAGCUGUACGACUAUGAUCUUGAGAGUGAUGUCAUGAAAGACACUGAGGUUUCUAACCUGAUUCUGAGUCCUGGUCAGUCGCUACUGCUUCGAUCCAGAAUACUGCAGUUGAGACCCCCGUCACCUGUGUGGGAGAAAGACGGCAAGGCGCUAGGUGCUGAUGACGUUUGCUCUUCUACAGUUGAAAAGAAGAUGUGCAUCAAAAAUGACUCCCAUUAUCAAACAAGGAUGACCUACCUGUUCAUCAAGUCAAUCAGGGUGGAGGACAGUGGAACCUACACCUGCAGGAGUCCAAAAAACAAAACAAAAUCUCUUCAGGUCCAAGUGAGAGCCGAAGGUUUCCUCUCCGUCCACUUGAAUGAGAGCAAGAUUGUUCCAGCUGAGAAUUCAAGCAGGACCUGUUUGGAGGCCGAUGUUUCCUACCACCCUGUGCUGCAGAACUGCUUCUGGGAGGCUCCCGAUAAAACCAUCACCAAAUGCAUGCUGAAAAAAUGGGUAACAACACAAAGGAGCGUGAAACUGUGCACACGGCUCAUAUCAGGGGACUACAAGUUACACGCUGAAGCCGGAGGAAAAGAGGAAACAAAGACUAUAUCAGUGUGCGUUGUGGAUAAACCAAACUUCAAUUUCGGGUUUAACAACAUUGAUGAUACCCUCAUUGUUGAGACUGUGAGUCUCGUCCCAGCAAAUUACACCUGGAUGUUGUGUUCCUCGUCAAAUGACAGCUGUGAAGAUGAUUACCAAUACAAAGAAAUCCCAGAAUCCUCACACACAGACACUGACACCUUCUGCCAAAAAACACAGUGGAGUUCACUCGGAAGAGAGCAAGGGAAUGGAAGCCAGGUAAAGUUUUGCCUCCAAAACUCUGCAGGCUUCUGGUGUUCCUCUUCAGUUAACUACCCACCGUCACCCGAGGCUUUUAGAGGUGUUAAUGAUUCCAAUAAUAACCACAUGAAGCUUCUGAAAGUUGGGACCUUCGUCCUGCUCCUGGCCUUGGCCUUUGUCAGUGUCCUGCUGAUGUACUUUGUCAAAAAGAAGAAACCCCAGUACAAGCCCCACCUGCAGAUGAUCCAGAUGGUGGGACCCAGCGACAAUGACUACAUCUACAUCAACUUUAAGGACUUUGAGUACGACAAGAAAUGGGAAUUUCCCAGAGAGAACCUAGAACUGGGUAAAAAACUGGGCUCUGGGGCUUUUGGCAUGGUUGUCCAAGCUACGGCCUAUGGUAUCAACAAACCUGGAGUCUCGCAGCAGGUGGCUGUCAAGAUGCUCAAAGAGAAACACGAGAUGGUGGAGAAAGAGGCUUUGAUGUCGGAGCUCAAGAUGCUGACCCACAUCGGUCAGCACAAUAACAUCGUCAACCUGCUGGGAGCCUGCACAGACAUUGGACCCAUUUACCUGAUUUUCCAGUACUGCCAUAACGGAGACCUCCUGAACUACCUGAAGAACAACAGUGAGCGUUACUACAAGUCUGUGACUGACGCGUUCAACAAGGAUCGUUUCAGCAGCCUCUACCAAAACCUACAGCCUCAGGGAAAUUCAAGUGACCAAAAAACAGCAGUGGACCCCUAUGUUCCCAUGUACUCUACAGCCACCAGGGGGCAGGAGGAUGUUGGCCUCCUGUCCAUAGCCUGUGAGAUGAACGAAUAUGAAGAGAUGUAUGAGAAAGAGGACGAUGAAACAGAUGACCUGCAGGCCCUGACCUUUGAUGACCUGCUCAGCUUCGCCUUCCAAGUGGCCAAAGGCAUGGAGUUCCUGUCCUCCAAGAAUUGCAUCCACAGGGAUUUGGCCGCUCGCAACGUCCUGGUGACAAAAGGUCGACUGGUGAAGAUUGGAGACUUCGGUCUGGCCCGCGACAUCGACAACGACUGCAACUACGUUGUGAGAGGAAAUGUGCGUUUACCAGUGAAGUGGAUGGCGCCGGAGAGCAUCUUUCAGGGCAUGUACACCAUGAAGAGUGACGUCUGGGCGUAUGGCAUUCUGCUCUGGGAAAUCUUCUCACUCGGUGUUACUCCAUACCCCGGGAUUAAGGUGGAUCACGCGUUCUAUUCCAUGAUCGAGAGUGGGUUCAAGAUGGAGUGUCCGUACUACGCCAAUGAGUCUGUGUACGAGACCAUGUGCAUGUGCUGGGCUCUGGAACCUUCCAAACGUCCGUCCUUCUCCAAACUGGUGUCCUUCAUGUGCAACCAGCUGACAGACAGUGAGGAGAAGCUCUACCACAACAUGAUGGACCAAACGUCCAGCGAAUACCAGAAUGCACCUGCAACUUUGGAAAUUUUGGCAAAGGAGAAAACGGCACAGUCACUUAAUGACUACUGUUCAACACAUGAAACUAAAGAAAACAAGGCAGAGGUUUUUGAUACAGCUGAGGAGAAACUACUGAAGAAAUGUGACGUUGAGUAAAGAUCUUUAUCUGAGUGUAUGCUGAUGAUCAGAUCCUAUUUUUUACCUUUUAUACAAUACUUUCUUUUCUCAGAAGCUAAAAUGCACUGCUUUCUAUUUAUAUAAAAUCUGAUGCUAUUCGGGGAUUGAAUUUCCAUAUGUUUAUAAAAUACCUUUGAAUAUUACAGAGGUCUCAAAUGAGCUGAAGUCAACUGCAGCCACCACCAUUUCAUUGGAUGGCCAUGUUAGUGUUCCAUCUAUAAAGCUAAUUUCUAUUCAAUAUAAAUGCAAUGCUCAUUUGUUAUAUUUGUGUAAAACAGGCCAAAUAACAUUUGUGUUAUUGUUGCUGUUUUUAUAUAUUUUUUGAGGUUUUUUUUUUUUAAUAUUUGCCUAAAAUCGCUGCAUUAAUCUGCAUUAUGUCUACAGCAUAUUUGGUAAAGUGCUCAAUGAUCCAAAAUGUGUUACAACAGACAGUGACUAUUUCCUUUUUAUACAAUUAAACAUGAUUUUGGGCUAUUUUUUUACUGUUUAACUCUGUUAACUCUGAAGUUUGAUAUUUGAUUCAAUUUGUCAUUCCAUGUCCUUUAUACCAUAUAUCUCCCUCUUUUGUUAUGAACCUCUACACCUGCAAUCAAAUGUACUUUACUUCAUAAUUAAUAAAAUUAUCUUUUAAUGUUUGCAUUAAAAAGUUAUUACUUGCAAA